GACCGCCGCAAGCCGCAAGGAGUGAGUCACCGCCGCCAUCCGUCGCAGUCAGGGGAAGCACAGAAGCCUCUCCUCCCAACCCUAGAUCCCCUUCACCAGUUCUCCCAGCCCUAGCCUCACUGCCAUAUCACCUCCGCCGUCUCAACUACUCGAAGCUGCCGUCCCUACUGCUUCUCGUCUCGCGUGGUUCCUCCGUCGCGCAGCCGCUGUUCCGCUGCGCCGGCUCUGCUCCUCUGCUCCAGUUCCGCCGCGCACCACUCUCCUGGGCUCCUGUUCCGCGGUGGUCCAGGCUACCUCUUCUCUAGUUCUGCCGCGUCCAGCCUUCCGUCGUGCUCCCUCACCUCUGUGCCCUAGAAGAGAAGUUGAAUUACGGUUGAACCGGUGGGACCAGUGAAUUAGUAGCUAGAGUGGUUCGAUGACUGGUCCGGUUUCCAAACCUUGCUGAGGUGAUGCUUAUGCACACAGAAAGAAUGAAGCAAUCAAAGGAUCCGUUUGAAGCAGCGUUUGAGGAGCAAGAGGAUUCUCCGCCUGAAUCCCCAGCUGACACCGCUGUGGACGCACUGCAAAACCCUAAUUCUUCAAUUGUAGCUCAUAAUUCUCAAUCCCAACCUCAAGACCAGCUCCAGCUCCCUCAUGACGACAAUGCCAAAAAGGGUGCUUCCCAAUUCACCCCUCUCAGUGGCAGUGGCCGUACUAAUGCUAGUUCCAGUGGUCCCUUCACUGCCACCACUGGAGCUGGUGGUUCUGGCACUGGGAUGAAGAGCAAAGAAGAGGAGGAGGAAGAGGAGGAGGAGAACAUGGAUGUUGAGCUCGGAAAGUUCCCUUCGAGUGGCGAUCCUGAUAAGAUGGCCAAGAUGCAGGCUAUAUUGUCACAAUUCACUGAGGAACAGAUGAGCAGAUACGAGUCAUUCCGCAGGGCUGGAUUUCAGAAAUCUAACAUGAAAAGAUUAUUAGCAAGCAUCACUGGGACACAGAAAAUUUCCGUGCCGAUGACGAUUGUAGUAUCCGGGAUUGCAAAAAUGUUUGUUGGUGAAGUUGUUGAAACAGCUAGAAUAGUCAUGCAAGAGAGGAAGGAAUCUGGACCAAUUCGUCCAUGUCACUUGAGAGAAGCAUAUAGACGAUUAAAGCUUGAAGGAAAAGUAUUUAAAAGACCAAUGUCGAGGCUCUUCCGGUAAAUGUAUGAAUUGUGAAUGUAGUGGAUGAUGUCACUGGUUUGCAGCAGUGUCUUGUAGGAAGAUUUGGUACUCACUACUUACUACCUUCGAGGCCCCAUAUUCUUGCAUCCUGUUAUCUGUUACUGUUUGUAGGUAAAUUUGGAAUACUUUCCCAUUCCUUUCUCAAAUAUUAAAUUUGUGAACACAAUAAUUAUAGGCCUCAACAUCUGUUCUAUUUCUAUCUGUGGAAAUUGAAAUUCAUAUAUGUGCCGCAAUGACAGAUGUUGUAUAUCACUAUAUUGCAUUGCACAAGCUUACUGUGUUAAAUAGAUAGCUAGCUUGAAUAGCUUAGGAGAAGGAGAACUCGAAGAGGAUUUGGGCUUGGUUGCAAGAGAUCUCAGUUAACUAUUAGGGUCAAACUAAUGUAUAGUCUAGGAUUUUGCUCCUCUAAAGUAAAAGUUUGUCCACGCUAUUUUAAUUCCUAUUAAUGCGAAAAUUGAACAAUUAAAUUUUGGGUUGUUAGUAUACUUAUAUGUCCCUGGAGUUGAAUGAUGUAGUGUCUUACUCCUCAAAUUUGGGUUGAGUUAUCUAUGAACUAUCUAAAAGAAAAUCUAGAUGUUGGUAUUUUCUGUUUGAUUUGUGAUUUCUA